UGAUUCACAGCCGAGGGAGUUUGAUGUGUUUUCGCUGCGAAAGGUGAGAAGUGUUGAAUAGUUUCUCAAGUGAAAAAUAUUCCUCACACUUGCUAUUGUCGCAAGAAACGUUGACAUUUUCGUGGGUGAAAAGUGCAUCCAAUGGAGGGUAGAAAAUUGUGAAAUUGAGUGUGAAAGUUUAAGCUGAAUAUCGGGAAGUUUGACUGAAAACUCGCCAGAAAGCAGAUUUCGCGAAAGUGGGAAGUUGCUGUGCGAGAUGGGAAAAGAAGGGGCCACAUUUGUGGCUCUGUUGACUCUUGGAGCCUCUCUUCAGUGGAGUCUCGUGGCGUCGCAGGCCCUCGUGCGGGACUCACUGGGAGUACCGUGUGACUUCUUCGACAGCAUCAACAUCACGGGCGGUGUGGAGGAUACCGAGGGAAACAUCGUUUUCAGGGGUGUGGUUUAUCCGCCUGAUCAAUACGGGGAGUUCGAUUAUGAGAUGGUGAACUGGACGACGAAGUUUUCAGUGGAGCCCCACUUGAGGGGCUGCAUCUGUCGCAUGGGCGACAAGAAGUGCGUGAGAUUCUGCUGUCCAGAGGACAAAGUGUAUGGCAACGAUGGCUGUGAGAGGCCAAAGUUGUCGGUGAAUGCAAACAGUCCAGUGUUGAUCGAUGUCCUGGAAGAGGACGGAAAUGUGACUUUGGCAGUGAAUGUUGAGGAGAGAUUCGCAAUUGUGUACGGAAAGCCAUGUGUGCAAAUGUUCGAUUUGGAUCCGGAACAAUAUCCAGACACAGACACAUAUGUUCUGGUCUAUGACGGACAUCUCAGAGUUGGUGAAGAUCCGCCGCAGAACAAGAAUGAAUACUGCAUCGCUCGCAGAUUGAGCAGGAAUGAAUCAAAUGUGGAGACGGCGGUUUUCAGUUGCUUUCCCGAGACGGAACAGGCGAAAUUUUUCAUCUAUCCAAUCGGAAUGCUGCUCUCUGUGCCUUUCCUCGUGGUGACUUUCCUCGUGUACGCCAUCAUUCCGGAACUCCGCAAUCUUCAUGGAAAAUCACUCAUGUGCUACGUUUUUGGACUGACGAUGAGCUACACUUUCCUCUCUAUGAUUCAUCUUAGAGUGUACAUGAAUGGAUUCUGGUGCACUUUCAUCGGUUUCUUUGUCUACUUCUUCUUCUUGGUGUCCUUCUUCUGGCUCAACGUCAUGUGCAUCGAUAUUUGGUGGACGUUCAGAGGUGUUCGUGGCGUCCAGAGAGAUGCAGAUCGCAAAAAGUUCAUCAUCUACUCAGUCUACGCCUGGGGAUGCUCCAUCGUCAUCCUCUCAAUUGCAGUGGCAAUGCAGUUUGCAGAAUCUGUGCCGGAGAGCAUGAAGCCUGGAUUUGGCGUGAAUUCUUGCUGGUUGAAAAGCGAGAAGUUAACGGAGUUCUGCUUCCUCUACCUACCCGUCAUUAUCUUGAUAUCAAUCAAUGUGAUUCUCUUCACACUCACGUCGAUUCAGAUAAGGAAGUUGCAACAGGAGACGGCGGCAAUGAAUAAGGGCGACAGCAGGCGAUUCAACAGGAUGGAAGCAGACAGGGAUAGAUUCAGCCUCUAUCUUCGCUUGUUCAUCGUGAUGGGCGUCACGUGGACAACAGAAGUGAUCUCAUGGAUCGUGGAUCCCAAAAGUUGGAUAUUCUAUAUCACGGACGUUUGCAAUUGUCUUCAGGGAUUCUUCAUCUUCAUGCUGUUUGUGUGGAAACCAAAGAUUAAGCAACUCAUCAUCAAGAGAUAUAGGUCCGUUCGCGGACUUCCGGUGUCCAGCAAAGCGUCCCGAUCGAGCACCAGGACGAGCACAUCCCACGUUUCAAUGGCCGCUACAUCAUCCAUUAAUCGGUCCAGUGUGAAGGCAAACAACAACUCUGUGACGGAGAAAUCCCACUUCAUGUCCGACAUCGGCGAUUGAGGAGCGCCUGGACACAUCAUGAGGCCAUCACUGUUUUCCCAAACUUUCAAUAUAUGCCAAAAAGUCGAAGCCAAGAUGUUGCGCUUAGUUUAUAAGACAAUGGCAAUCGUGAGAAUUCGCGAGCUUCUUAAUUUGCACUUCAGUGUUUUGUAAGCUAUUUCAGCAGCAGGACGAUGAUAUUAAUUUAGUCGAUGUGAAGAGACAUUUUUGAAUCCUAUCAAUAAUGGAAUGUCUUAUAAACUACAUUCAAUAUCUUUUUUUUGCAUAAUUCUAAGUGAAGCAUUUAAACUGUUUAUUUCUUAUCUAUAUCCAAGUCAUACUAAGAGUUUUAGUUAAAACUUAUUGAAUAAGACUGAGUUUUAUCAUUUCAUCCAUAUAAUAAAAUCUUAUAUUAAAUGUUAUUUUCUUUUUUGCACUCUGUUGUUCCUGAGCAAUUUGGAAAAUAAAAUUCUAUUCCAAAUAAAAAAAAAAAUAGUAUACUGAAGUCUGCUUAAUUUUGAAGAUGUGUGUGUUUAUUCUCGCGAUGGUCAGUGUAAACUUUUAGACAAAAGAAAAAUGAGCUUUUCUCCGUGGAAGCAAAGAAAAGUAAUUGAUGUUUCUGCUUAUAAUUGUAAUUUAUUACAUUAUCCCUAAGAUUAGAUACAUAUUUGCUAUGUAUUAUUAUUUUCUGUAAAAG